AUGGGUGAAUCGAGGGAUAUAGCUCUGCGGCGCUUCUACAGCACGAAACGCAGGUUAGCGAAGGAUAGCAACUUACGUCACCAGUACGUGGCUUUCAUGCAGGAGUAUCAACAAUUAGAACAUAUGAAGGAGGUUCAGGAAAUUACAGGCAUCGAUAUCAACCAUCAUUUGGUGAAGGAAUCGUCUACGACAACCAAGGUGCGAGUCGUAUUCGAUGCGUCCUGUAAAACAUCGACCGGAACAUCAUUGAAUGAUGUCCUCUACGCAGGACCGGUGAUUCAGGAGGAUUUGCGAGCGAUUAGCAUCGGUGGACGAACUAGACAGACCAUGGUUGUUGCUGAUGUGGAAAAAAUGUUCCGGCAAAUUUGGCCUUGCUUUACGGAUCUUCGAUUCUUAAAUCAGAACCUGGUUCUGGAAGUAGCGUCGGACUCCCAGCUGAAGUUGUUGAACAAAUUCUUGACGUCGAUCGUUAUCACGGCGUAA